AUGACAAACUCUACCACCGAAAUUGCUUUUUUACAAAACAUCAAAAACUACGAGCCUUUGUAUUUCAACUCUAAUGUCAAAACCUCAAUCUACCACAAAUUGCCUGUCUCAAGAAGAUCCUCGGUCUUGAUUCUAUUGUUCUUGGGUAAAUUCGGUGAGAUCAGAGUGGUUCUCACCAGAAGAUCAAGAUCUCUCAACGCCUUCUCUGGCCAGAUAUCCUUUCCUGGUGGUAAAGCUGAAAAUGGCUUGGAGUCUGAAUGGAGAACUGCUAGAAGAGAGGCCUUUGAGGAAAUUGGCUUGUCUUCAAACGAUUCCUACUUGCUAAACAAGUUCAACAUCAAAAUCGAGAAUCUAAACUACUUGCCCUGUUUCCUAUCGAGAACCUUCCUAGCUGUUAGACCUUGCAUUGGCAUAAUCAAAAACAACACAACCGCCAACUCAAUCCCAAAUUUAUUCGAUGAAUACAACGUUUCUUCUUUAAAUUUCACUGAUCACCUAAAACUAAACCCUGGCGAAAGCUCAAGUGUCUUUUCAAUUCCCUUGAGAGAUCUAUAUGAUAACAAACUAACCGAUAUCAACCAACUAACCAAAAUCAAUAAACAAAACGAAUUCAUCAAAAAAAGAUUCAUCAAAACAAAAUGGAGUGGCAUAAACUGGAACUAUCGAUCCUACGUCUAUCCUGUAUCAAAUUCCUAUAACGAAAUUGAAUGGCUAGACCAAAUUGAAAACCUAAGUUCUGAUGAAGAAUUCUCUGAUAAUAUACCCAUGGUCAAUGUCAAUGGCAAUAACAAUAUCAAACAAACUCAUGAAAACAAUAAAAUUCACAAUUCCCUUUCAAAUAAUACUGAUAACAUCGCUCAAAAUGAUACUAUAAAAAUUAACGAUGUCUGGGGCUUAACAGCAAAUAUCCUAUAUGAAUUGGCUCAAAUCACUUACGAUGGUUCUAAUUACUGGGAAAAUAAAAAGAAAAACAGCAUUGGCGAAGAAGAAUUAAUCUACUAUUUAUUCAAAAACAACCAAAUUCAACCAGGCAAAAGAUCCUCUUAUGAAACUAAAAUGAUUAGAAAUGAUAGAAAUGUCACUUUUAACACUGUUAUACCAAACAACGAAUUUAAUUAUUUAAAAUCCAUAUAUACUUAA